UGUUGGAUCCACAGUGGCCCGUAAUAGACCAAGAACUAUUCAGCUCUUGCAGUUUGACAAAAAUGCGUUUAGCCCUUUCUGUACUUGUUUUUUUCGUCAGUUACGCGGCCGUUAUUGCUGUUGCCGAACCUCAAUCGCCAGAUGACCUUUCUCCUUAUUAUUUUGACCCGAAAUCUGACUCCACUCCGGAUGGGCUUCGCACAGUAGGCAUCAACGUCGGCGGAUAUAUACUGUCUUUUCCGAGGCAAACCAGAACGGCAGUGAGAAUCGUGGCUUCCACAAUCACGUGUACGUUGUCCGUUGCCAAUCGUUGCGGUGUUCGGGCUCCAGGAGGUAGACCAGGAAAGUUACGACCUGCCAGACCAGGACGACCUGCAGUCGUCACCGAGCAGAAACGCGUCACCUUAGAGAAUGUCGAGGAGAACGACGAGGAAGAUAAAGAACAAUUCCCAAUAGCUCCAUCGGCCGUCCAAGAGGUUGAGACCACGUCAUUGCCAACGCGAGAUGCUCGCGCUGCCGAUCCGCAGCGAUUCGUGAUGUCUCCGGCAUUCCGUUACCAUCCCGAAGAUAUCCAAUCGGCUUUCGAAAGCGGCCCUUAUGACCCCAGUAUGUCUCUGCCGUUCCACAGACGAUAUCCACUUCCUGGCCAACAACGACGUCAAUUGCCAGUCUUCUUUCCCAGCUUAUUCGCGUCAACAACAGUGUCAACUUCCUUCGGUUUCGUCUUUUUCACGGUGACUCCAUCCUGUUCAGUUACCGGCACGUUUCCUCAGUGUCCAAACGGCAAACAGUAAUGCCACUUGGCAUUAAAUGCAAAUUCAUCCAACUCAUAUUUAACGUCCAAUCAGCAAGACUAUUAAUGUGUCUUAGAUUUUCCAAUUUCUAUUCUGAUAGAAUCAUAUUUGAUUGUACAAACGAGCUCAUUUAAUGAUUGACUGACAUAUGAAAUCUACUAUUUUAUAGAUGAUGAUAAUAAACAAGAAUUUAAGCUAAA